AUGCACAUAGAAUUUACACAGUACAGAGAGGCUAUGCCCUCCAUGGUACAGCUACCCAGACUAAAUUAUACAUACGAAGAAGUAAGUCAUAUUAUGAUACCAGAGAUGCUGGAUAUGCAUUACACUAAGCUGCACCAAGGAUACAUUGACAGAUACAACAAGGCACAAUCAGUUAUGCAAAUGACACAGCUCAUAUACACUCCAGAGAAGGAAGAAGAGAAGGCCCUUUUAUUUAACCUAGGGGGAUAUUUAAACCAUGCUUUAUUCUGGAAGUCAUUCAGUCCUGCAGAAGAAGCGCAUGUUCCAUCUGACAGGCUGAGCACCUUAAUUGGAAACUCCUUCCCUAAGGGCCUCUGUCAGGAGAUGGUGGAAAUACUUCCAAAAAUAAGGGGAAGUGGGUGGAUAUGGCUGACAUAUUGCAGAACCACAGAAUUACUGCAAUUAGAGACAACCAUGAACCAGGACUUUCCAAGUACACCAAUCCUGUUAAAUAUUGACUUAUGGGAGCACUCUUACAUGAUGCAGUACAAGAUUGACAAGGUCGAAUAUAUUCGUGCCAUGUACUCAGCACUUAAUUGGAAGUAUGCAUCAGAGAGAUUGGAAAGAAUAUUAAAUGAAUAA